AUGGCGCUUCCGGACUGGACUGUGUGUUUACUUGGUGUUGCUGCCUCGGUUUGUGGAGGUUUUUGCAUUUACCGCCUGCUCAGAAGUCCUGCGAGAAGUUCAUGGAAGAGAGGUGUUGUUGCGGAUUUGAUGGCUCGCACGGAGAAACCGCUGUUCUGGAUAGCUUAUUCUCUAUACACACGGACCAAACUUGGCUACAUGUUCUACAAACGCCAGAUGAGAAAAGCAAGAGAGAAAUAUCCGACUGGCCACUCGAGAACUGAGCCUACAAUAAUUAACGGUAUCAAGAUCAUUCCAUUACCCAUCCUGUCUGACAACUACAGCUAUGUGAUUAUAGACAAAGAAUCUGAUCUUGCCGUGGUAGUGGACCCUGCUGAUCCUCUGUCUGUCCAGAGCUGUCUGGAAGAGGAAGGGGUGACUUUAGAAGCUAUUCUUUGCACACACAAACACUGGGACCACAGUGGAGGAAACAGAGCUCUGAAAAGGCACCACAGCUCAUGUAGGGUGUACGGAAAUGCUAUGGAUAACAUCCCUGGUCUUACACACCCUCUGUCAGAUAAAGAUGUCAUAGACGUUGGGACACGGAUGCAGUUUAGGGCUUUCUACACCCCUGGCCAUACUGUGGGUCACAUGAUCUACCUCCUGGAUGGCAGAACGUUCGGAGGUCCCAGCAGCCUCUUCUCUGGGGACUUGCUCUUCCUCUCAGGAUGUGGGCGAAUGUUUGAAGGCACUGCUUCAACAAUGUUAUCAUCGCUGGACACGGUUGGCACACUGAACAACGACACUCUGCUAUGGCCUGGCCAUGAGUAUGCUGAAGAUAACCUGCUGUUUGCUGCAGUGGUGGAGCCUGGUAAUGUGGUGCGUGAACAGAAGUUACAAUGGGUCUUGCAGCAACGAGGUCAACGAUUGUGCACAAGCCCAUCUACUCUGGAAGAAGAGAAGCAGUAUAAUCCGUUUUUGAGGAGUCAUGCUGUGGCUCUUCACCAAGCUCUGGGCCUGCAGCAGGACCAGGAUGAGGACUGGACCGCGUAUAGGGCCAGAGUCUUGGAGGAGCUACGCAGACGAAAGGACAUUUACAAGGGCCGAUAGACGCUGAGAUGGGUGACCAGAUUUGGAAAAGAAACCAAUAUAAAUCCAUUCCAAUCAUACCUGUUGUAUUUCUUCCUCAGAGUGGUAUUGAUCCAUAAGGAGAUAUCGCACAAAUAAAGACUGUGAAGAUUGUAAAGCUGCAAGCUUGUACACUGAUAAUAAGCUAUAUAUGGGCAUUAUUGGGAUACAGUUGAUUGAGCACUGUGGCUGAGAUGACUGUAUCAGAGUUUUAGACUUCGAGUGGUUUCUAUUCUAAUCUAGAAUAGUUUAUUUAAAACAUGUAAAUAUGAAUAGCUCUGCACAGUACACAACAUUUUUAUUAAUGUUUCCAUAUGAACUGAUUUGUAUAACUACUAGGAACUUUGUAUUGUGUAAAUCUGUGUAUAACCUAGCUUCACAGGCUAUUUCAUUAGGAAUACCUAAAAUAUAUUGCCACUUUGUCUGUAUACACUGGAGUUGCACCAUUUGAUAAAAAAACAACAACACACACACACACACACACAGUGAUUAUUUUACACAUAUUGGAUUGUGAUUUAAGAUGUGCUAUUUAAUUAUUAAAUGUUCCAUUUUGCAUUAAAAUGUAUUUAUCUAGGCUAACACCAAAUAAUUGGACGAAUAUUAAUAAGAGAAUGUUAGCCAAUAUUUAUUUGUAAGUACACUAUGUGUAUAUCACUUAUAAUAAAUUACAGCCUUUUGCGAUUGAACAAUUGCUCAGUUCCAUAUUGCAGUUUACAUUUUUUAUAUGAUUUAAAGUGCAGACAUCAAACCAACAAGAGAUACCAAUACAGAACAGUGGUAAAUCGUUCUUUACACAGCGGGUACAUGACCAACGUUACAAAAUUUAAAAGUAGGUGUAAAUGAAUUUAAGGAGAUUUUAAAUUAAAGGAAGGUCUCGAGUGUCAGCAUGUUGUAACAGUAAAAUGAUUCGUCAUGCAGAAGUCCACAAGAUUGAAGUCUGUUGUCGUACCAUGGUGCACAGAAUGAAUUGCACAAAAAUAAAUUAGGUACAAUAAGAAACUUUACAGCCAAAGGUAUGUGAACCUGACUAACAGAUAUAUUUGUAUAAGAGCUUGAUGGAUAUUCCAUUCCAAAUCUAUGGGGGUUUGUUAUAGAAACACAUUUCAGGAAACUACUAAGGCAGUUUUUGUGUUGAUGUUACUUGCAGAGACAGUUUGGAAUUUUGUUGAGA